AUGUCCGAGUCCGCCGACCCCAAGAUUGAGAGCGCCAAGCCCCGCGCCAGCUACAACACUAUCGGAGGCAUCAACGGACCGCUUGUUGUCCUCGACGGGGUGAAAUUCCCUCGGUACAACGAGAUUGUCACUCUGACACUGCCCGAUGGCUCGGAGCGCUCCGGUCAAGUGUUGGAGGUUAAAGGAGAACGAGCCGUUGUGCAGGUAUUUGAGGGUACAUCUGGUGUGGAUGUGAAGAAGACAAAAGUCGAGUUCUCCGGCCACAGUUUGAAGCUUGGUGUGUCCGAGGACAUGCUGGGUCGUGUAUUCGACGGUUCAGGACGUCCGAUCGACAAGGGCCCCAAGGUGCUUGCGGAGGAGUACAUGGAUAUCAACGGAAAGCCCAUCAACCCCUACUCCCGGGUCUACCCCGAGGAGAUGAUCUCUACUGGUAUCUCUGCCAUUGACACCAUGAACUCCAUCGCUCGUGGUCAAAAGAUUCCUAUCUUCUCCGGUGCCGGUCUUCCCCACAACGAGAUUGCAGCCAGUAUAGCCCGACAGGCCAGUCUGGUCACCAAGAGCGCUCAGGAUGCUCACGGCGACGACUUCGUCAUUGUCUUCGCUGCCAUGGGUGUCAACACUGAAACUGCCCGAUUCUUCACUCGCGAGUUCGAGGAGAACGGCAGUAUGGAGCGCACCACUCUCUUCCUGAACUUGGCCAGUGACCCCACCAUUGAGCGUAUUAUCACUCCUCGCCUGGCUCUGACGACUGCCGAAUACUUUGCCUACCAGCUCGAGAAGCACGUUCUCGUUAUUAUGACUGAUAUCUCAGCUUACUGUGAUGCUUUGCGUGAAGUUUCUGCUGCCCGUGAAGAAGUCCCUGGACGUCGUGGUUACCCCGGUUACAUGUACACGGAUUUGGCGACUCUCUACGAGCGCGCUGGUCGCGUUGAGGGCCGUGAUGGCUCUAUCACCCAGAUUCCCAUUUUGACCAUGCCUAACGAUGAUAUUACCCACCCCAUCAGUGAUCUGACUGGUUUCAUUACGGAGGGCCAAAUUUUCAUUGACCGCCAGCUAGACAACAAGGGUGUCUACCCCCCAAUUAACGUCCUGCCAUCGCUUUCCCGUCUUAUGAAGUCCGCCAUCGGUGAAGGCCGUACGCGCAAGGAUCACUCAGAUGUAUCCAACCAGCUGUACGCCAAGUACGCCAUUGGUCGUGAUGCUGCCGCCAUGAAGGCCGUCGUCGGUGAAGAAGCGCUCUCCGCCGAAGACAAGCUCUCUCUGGAGUUCCUCGACAAGUUCGAGGACACCUUCAUUAGUCAGUCUGCCUACGAGGCUCGCAACAUUCACGAGUCUCUGGAUAUCGCCUGGAACCUGCUCCGUAUCUACCCUCGGGAGCUCCUCAACCGUAUCCCCAAGAAGGUUCUUGAUGAGUUCUACACUCGCUCUCCCCGCAAGAAUGCUCCUAAGGAUACCCACGGCACCUCGGCGCAGCAAGGUACCGACCUCAUCGAUACUAAUGCGUAA